UUUGCCGAGGGGACCUUAGCGGCUCUGGCGGGGACCCGGAGCCCAAGGUCUGCUGUGCGCCCGCCGGGCGGGAAGCCAGGGAGCGGCGCAAGUUUCCGAGCCGCUCUAGGGGACCGGGCGCCAGCGAGCGAGAGAGCCCAGUGUGCAGUGAUCCGGACCAGGCUGGGAGACGAAAGAAUGAGCAGUGACCAGAGCGCACCAGGACGGCCAGGCAGCCUUCUUGGCGGCCGAGAGGCGGCGGCGCGGCCCCGACUGCUGCUGCUACUGGCUCUUCUGGGCUACAUGGGCCGCUGCGGAGCGGCGGAGGACGCAGAAGUCCAUGCCGAGAACUGGCUGCGACUCUACGGCUACCUGCCCCAGCCCAGUCGAUACAUGUCCACCAUGCGCUCUGCCCAGAUCCUGGCCUCGGCCCUCGCGGAGAUGCAGCGUUUCUAUGGGAUCCCCGUCACAGGUGUACUCGAUGAGGAGACCAAGGCGUGGAUGAAGCGGCCUCGCUGUGGGGUGCCAGACCAGUUUGGGGUGCAUGUGAAAGCGAAUCUGCGGCGGCGGAGGAAGCGUUAUGCCCUCACUGGGAGGAAGUGGAACAACCACCACCUGACUUUCAGCAUCCAGAACUACACAGAGAAGCUGGGCUGGUACCACUCAAUGGAGGCAGUGCGCAGGGCCUUCCAGGUGUGGGAGCAGGCCACACCGCUGGUCUUCCAGGAGGUGCCUUAUGACGAUAUCAGGCUGCGCCGGCAGAAGGAAGCUGACAUCAUGGUUCUCUUUGCCUCUGGCUUCCAUGGCGAUAGCUCACCAUUUGAUGGCACAGGUGGCUUUCUGGCCCAUGCCUAUUUCCCUGGCCCUGGCCUGGGUGGGGACACCCAUUUUGACGCAGAUGAGCCCUGGACCUUCUCCAGCACUGACCUGCAUGGGAACAGCCUUUUCCUGGUGGCAGUGCAUGAGCUGGGCCACGCACUGGGGCUGGAGCACUCCAGCAACCCCAGUGCCAUCAUGGCCCCAUUCUACCAGUGGAUGGAUAUCGACAACUUCCAGCUACCCGAGGACGACCUCCGGGGCAUCCAGCAGCUCUAUGGUACCCCAGAUGGUCAGCCGCAGCCCACACGGCCUCUCCCUACCAUGACACCCCGGCGGCCAGGCCGGCCAGACCACCGGCCCCCUCGGCCCCCCCAGCCACCACCACCAGGCGGGAAGCCAGAGAGGCCCCCAAAGCCAGGCCCUCCAGCCCAACCACGAGCCACAGAGCGGCCUGACCAGUAUGGCCCCAACAUCUGUGAUGGCAACUUUGACACAGUGGCUGUGCUUCGAGGAGAGAUGUUCGUGUUCAAGGGCCGCUGGUUCUGGCGAGUUCGGCACAACCGUGUCCUGGACAACUAUCCUAUGCCCAUCGGCCACUUCUGGCGUGGUCUGCCCGGUGACAUCAGUGCUGCCUACGAGCGCCAGGAUGGCCGUUUUGUCUUUUUCAAAGGUGACCGCUACUGGCUCUUCCGAGAAGCAAACCUGGAACCUGGCUACCCACAGCCGCUGACCAGCUACGGCCUGGGCAUUCCCUAUGACCGCAUUGACACGGCUAUCUGGUGGGAGCCCACGGGUCACACCUUCUUCUUCCAGGAGGACAGGUACUGGCGCUUCAAUGAGGAGACACAGCAUGGAGAUCCUGGCUACCCCAAGCCCAUCAGUGUCUGGCAGGGGAUCCCUGCCUCCCCCAAAGGGGCUUUCCUGAGCAAUGAUGCAGCCUACACCUACUUCUACAAGGGCACCAAGUACUGGAAAUUUGACAACGAGCGCCUGCGAAUGGAGCCUGGCUAUCCGAAGUCCAUCCUGCGGGACUUCAUGGGCUGCCAGGAGCACGUGGAGCCCGGACCCCGCUGGCCCGAUGUGGCCCGUCCACCCUUUAACCCUGACGGGGGUGCAGAGCCCGGGGCGGACGGUGAUGGCGCAGAGGGUGAUGUGGACGAUGGGACGGGGGCAGAGGGAGACAAGGACAGGGAUGGGGGCAGCCGCGUGGUGGUGCAGAUGGAGGAGGUGGCACGGACAGUGAAUGUGGUCAUGGUGCUGGUGCCGCUGCUGCUGCUGCUCUGCGUCCUGGGUGUUGCCUACGCUCUGGUGCAGAUGCAGCGCAAGGGGGCACCCCGCAUGCUGCUCUACUGCAAGCGAUCCCUGCAGGAGUGGGUCUGACCUGCACCUCCUGCUCCACGCACGUGGUGCUCGAGGGCUGGGCAGCACCUGCGGUUCCUGGAUGGCUCCCUGGAGUACCCCAGAAAGGGCCUUUGGGGACUCAGGUCUGGGUGGGAGCCCCUCCCAGCCAGCACACAUCCUGUGAGUCCUUUCUCGUUUACUUAAGCCCAGGUAUCUUUUUUUUUUUUUU